GGUUGCUGCAUUCAAGGAGACCUACUUACACAAGAUAAAAUGAGUAAUACUAUGAUCUAUUAGUCAAAACAUGAAUGUAGCUGCUAACAAGAAAACUUACUUUGUAGAUAAAACAAAGAGCAAAUUACUUGAUUGGCCAAAGCGGUUUGACAUCAUAAACAGAAUUGCUCGUGGGUUAUUAUAUCUUCAUCAAGAUUCUCGACUACGAAUUAUCCAUAGAGACCUUAAAGCAAGAAAUAUUUUGCUAGAUACAGAUAUGAAUCCUAAGAUAUCAGAUUUUGGCAUAGCUAGAAGUGUUGCAGGAAAUGACAUGGGAGCAACAAUACGCAAUGUGGUUGGGACACAUGGCUACAUGUCUCCAGAAUAUGCAAUAGAUGGGACCUUCUCAGUAAAAUCAGAUGCGUUUAGCUUUGGCGUAUUGGUGUUAGAGAUUGUGAGUGGCAAGAGAAAUAGAGGAUUUGUCCAUCAAGAUCACAACCUUAACCUUCUCGAUCACGCAUGGAAGCUUUACAAAGAGGAUAGGUCCUUGGAACUAGCUGAUGAGCAUCUAGCUGAUUCUUGCAAUAUUAUUUCUCAAGUUUUAAGGUCAAUCCAAGUGGGUUUAUUAUGCUUCCAACAACAUCCUGAUGAUAGACCAAGCAUGUUUUCUGUGGUUCAGAUGUUGACUAACGAGAGCCCACUGCCAAAAGCAAAAGAACCUGGAUUUUUAACAGAGCGAAAUCUAUUUGAUGAAGCAAAAUCAGGAUCACAGACAAGCAGUUCAAAAAAUGAAUUCACAAUCACAUUGUUAGAUCCUCGGUAGGUGCGACAGAAUAACUAUUUAACUUGGGAGAAAAUGAAUAGGCAAAAUUACAUUAGAACUUUGGUUUAUUGUGAAAUACACUAGUACUUAGGAAACAUCAAGUUGAAUUUUUCUACUUAAAUAUAUUAUCUACUUAUGGAUGACUUUUAUUUAUUUCCAUUGUUCUUUGAAUAUAUACUUUAGAUAUGUUAUUUAUAUAACAAAAAUUCUAAAGUUGUAAGUUUGUUUUCCAGAACUAUUAGGUAUAACAAUUUUAUCGUGUGAUCAGAAAUCACAAAAUCAAUAUUAGCAAUGGCAAUUUCACAUAUUGUAACUCCAUUUUAGUGAAAGCAUAUCCCGAAUACGGUACAAAGCUGUUAUAGGAAUUUAAGCAGCACUUUACCUUGAUUUGUUUUUGCAAUGUGAGACAUACAACUGAAUUUAGUAUCUUAGUUAGAAAACGUAAAUUCCAAUAAUAAUUUCAGAGGUUUUGAAUUUGCAGUUUUUUCUUUUCAGAGAAUAGCAUCGAAUUUGCAUCAACAACUUUAAUAAUUUAAUAUUUUGAAGAAAUGGAAAGAUACUGGGCUACGUGGCGUAAAUAUUUUCUCGCAGAAGACAGUGUGUAAUCUUCCAAAUGUUGUUUAAUGAGCAAACUAUCAUCAUGUAUAAUAUCAUUACAAAAAAAUUCUUCACAAUUGUCAUAUGAAUUUUCACAUUUUGGAAACAAGUAAAUGCAGACCUUGCCAAUAACCAAGUGCAGCCCAUUCAAAAUCCACCUCACCUAAGGCCAAAAUUCAUUUCAUAUUCACUAACUCAGCUAAAACGAAGCAAUAUAUUUUGGAUAGUUCAGGACUCAGGGUCCCAGACAAGUCCUUAAAAGGUUGAUAUUGUGGGGUCCAGCCCCUUAAUACCUUUGAAAAUUCAUGGCAUGACUAUUGUUUUCCAAAGGGUGGC